AUGCAGCAAGCCGACGCAGACCCAAGCGACGAUAACCCCUCACCCUCAACACAAGGAGCAUCCGAGAGCGCCCGUCGCCGUCGCAGACGCACAGAAGAGACAGCCAUAGCGAACCCAAACUCGGGCGAAUCAGAGGACUCCGACGAUGGAGGAGAUGGCGAAACGCACGCCCCGAGCAGCGCGGACGUCAUGGUCAAGAAAAUGGUGCGGUUGGCGCUGGCGAGCGAGUAUUCGCGCGGUGUAAUCCGACGAACAGAUAUCAGUGCCAAGGUGCUGGGAGAGCAGGGGUCGAGGCAGUUCAAGGGCGUGUUUGAGGCCGCGCAGAAGGUUCUACGGGGGAAGUUUGGGAUGCAGAUGGUUGAGUUGCCGGGGAAGGAGAAGGUGACUAUCAGUCAGCGACGGGCUGCUCAAAAAGUGGAAAAGCCAUCUUCGAGCAAUAAAACCUGGAUCGUCACGAGUACACUUCCGCCCAAAUACCGAACACCGGAAAUCCUCCCCCCGACUAAAGCGCCCAUGGAAAGCUCCCUGACGGGCUUAUACACCUUUAUCAUUGCCGUGAUCUUGCUCAAUGGCGGAUCUCUUCCGGAGGCUAAGUUAGAACGGUACCUGAAACGGACCAACUCGGACACAUUUACGCCCGUUGAUCGGACGGAUCGGUUUCUCCAACGACUCUGCAAAGAGGGGUAUCUGGUGCGGAAUCGCGAGAUGGACGGCGGCGACGAGGUGAUUGAGUAUAUGGUAGGGCCGAGGGGGAAGGUCGAGGUUGGACCGCAGGGUGUAGCGGGGCUAGUCCGUGAGGUAUUCGGUCGUCAAGAUGCUGUCGAUGACAGUAGUGAUUUGACACCCGCUGAGCAGGAGAAGACGGAAGAGUUCGAGAAUCGGUUGGCGAGGAGUCUUGGGAUUAAAAGAUAUCAGAAACAGGACGAGGAUGAGGGGGGAGAUGAGGGUGGGAGCAGGAGUACACAAAGUCAACGGGGACAAUCCCGACAAAGACCUGCAGAUGAGGAGGAGGAAGAAGAAGAGGAAAGUGAUUGA